UAAGUAAAAAGGAUGUGAGGCCCAAUAAGAAGGAUGAAACUGGUUACAUUAUCCUAUUUGCUUCGGCUUUGUGGUGUGCGUGCGAACAAGCAGCAAGCUUCCUUCUUCCGAUGCACUUGACGUUUUGCUGAAUUGCACCCACUCUCUUACCUGAGCUGACCUGAGCUCCCAUGCCUUUGUUUGAGAUAACAAAUGCGCAACUAUCCUUCCGAUAUUCUCUGACUCUGAGGAGCCCAAUCCCAAUGCCAUAUCAUGCUAAAGGAGGACCUUCUUGGAUUUCAUUCCACACCCUUAAAAUUAGAAACUUGAAUGUCAUUAAGGCUGUUGCAGCCACUUUGGAUGCAAAACCGCACUUGGAUGUUCCUCACCCUCCCGGUUUUCUGCUCGAAUUCUCCGAGCCUCCUGAUGAUAGGGAGAAGUUGAGAAGAAUGCGGAUUUCCAAAGCUAAUAAAGGAAACAUCCCUUGGAACAAAGGAAGAAAGCACACUCCCGAGACUUUGCAGAAAAUCAAAGAAAGAACAAGGCUCGCAAUGCAGAAUCCUAAGGUCAAAAUGAAGCUCGUUAAUCUUGGGCAUGCACAAACUUCAGAAACAAGAAAGAAGAUUGGCGCUGGAGUGAGAAGACGAUGGGAAAAGAGGCGUGGAAAGAAGAUGGUGCAGGAAUCUUGCUGCUUUGAGUGGCAGAAUUUAAUUGCAGAAGCUUCUAGGCAAGGCUAUGUUGGUCAGGAAGAGCUGCAGUGGAAUUCUUAUGAGACAUUGGAUGAACAGCUGAAGCAGGACUGGUUGAUGAGUGUUGAACAAAGGAAACAAGUGGCAAGGACACCAUCUAGCAAAAGAGCACCCAAGUCCCCUGAACAGAGAAGGAAAAUUGCAGAAGCCAUUGCUGCCAAAUGGGCUGAUCCUGAAUACCGCGAAAGAGUUUGUUCUGCAUUGGCCAAGUAUCAUGGCAGUGAAGUUGGAGCUGAAAGGAAACCUAGAAGAAGGCCAAGUGAUGGUACCCAACCUACCAAGAAGAAACCUGCAAAAAAAAGAGAUACUGAUACUAGCACUCAUUUUAAGAGUGACUCCAAAACCUGUAAGCCUAUCCUGUUGAAAAAAAGCAAAUCCCCAGCCUAUAAGGAUCCUUUGGUGAAUUCUAAACUUGAAAUGAUAAAGAAUAUCAGAGCACAGAGAGCUUCCGCGGAAACCACACAGACUCAUGCCAUUGAACGAGCAAGAGUAUUGAUUGCUGAAGCUGAGAAAGCUGCCAAGGCACUUGAGGUUGCUGCGACAAAGAGUCCUAUUGCACAAUUUUCUUUGAUAGAAACCAGAAAGCUAAUAGCUGAAGCUAUUCAAUCACUUGAAUCCAUUGAUACACAAGCUAUAACUGACAGUAAUGUUCCUUUGGUUGGUUUGAACGAUGUCAAUGAGGAAAAAGGAUCAGCUUUUGAAGUUCUAAACCAAUUACAAAUGGCCCAAGUAAAUGGACACACAACGUUAUCAUCAAGUGACUACAAGUUCACUGAAGAUUUUGGCAAAUUUUCCUUGGAGAAGCCAGUAAAUGGUAAUCCUGAAUUUCUGCUAAGCAAUGGUUGCACAUCUUUACCUUUUAGUUUGAAUAGUCAGAUAAAUGAAUCUAAUCCAUCAAAUCAGCAAAGGGAAGCAGAGCAGGAUCAGAGAAGUGAAUACGAAACAGAUCCUUCUCCAACAGUGAUGGAAAUUCACUCCCUUGAAAAUGAGACAAUGUCUAGUUCACCUGUAUCAACUAAAAAGUGGGUUCGCGGAAGGCUCGUUGAAGUGGCUGAAGAGAAACAAUAAAAGGGGUAAAGCUUAGCUCAGAUUUCAAACAUUAAUACAAAGCAAUGUCAUAUUGUUUGUUGCAUGUUAUAUAGAUCAUAAAUGCACGAAUAUUUUCUGCUUUAAGAGUGUGGUCAUCACCCAUUCAGUCCUUGAAAUCAAGAGGUUAGUUGUACCGGCCCCGCAACAGCCAACUACGUGUAGUAGACAGAUCGAGGAAGACUAAGGAAAGGUUGCACUUCUAUUAGUUCACAGGAUACUUGUACUUGUUUUAGUCAUGUUACAUUAAAUUGAGUUAAUCGUAUAAUUAUUGUUACAUUACAGCGUAUGAGUUGAUUUUAUGAGUAGUUUAUGUUGUAGUUUUGUAGUCACUUCACCCAAGCAGUCAGCUUGGAGAAUCUACUAUACUCUUGAUCGCACCCGAAUUAUGAAGAGUAGGGUAGUGUUGAUCAAGGGUCUACGAAUUUUUGGUCAAAUAUCUGGAUCUGGACUUCUUAAUUGGCCCUUCAAAUACUGUAUGACAAUUGAUCAAACUUUUUGGCUUCUUUCUCU